UCAGACUCAGGUGUUUUAAGGUCCAAAGCCAGGACUAUCUCCCCAGCUCUACCCUGAUGAUUCCUCCAGGUGUCCAUACACAGUAUGUGAGGCGACCAGCUCUAGAAAGUUAUCUACCGUUCUUUCAGAGAGCACACAGUGAGAUGCUGGCAGUCUGCAAUCCAGAAAGGGGUCUUCACCCAACCAUGCUGGCACCACCAUCCAGAACUGUGGAAAACAAAUACCUGUUGCCUUGGAAGGGCGGAGUCUUAACCACUGGAUCCUGGAUCGCCAGGGAAGUCCCCCACCAAAUGAGAAGAGACCAUAUAUGUGUCCUGCAUAUACUACACAAUCUUUUGAUGUCAACUAACAAAGAGCCUUUCAAGGGCAAAAGGAAAGCCACCCACUGACAACAGGUGAUGGAUUCUUUGAAGAACCCCCAGAACUACAACUCAACCCUCAAGGAGAACAUGGAGGUCAUCACAGCAAGAAGUGCAAACAUGGGCAGAAAGGUCACGGUCAGCAGCAUAGACCUCAUAGCCAGAAUGUCCAGGAAGGUCAGGAAAGCUCUUAUAGCAAAGGUGGCCAAGGUAGUCAAGGUGGCCGAGGUGGCAGACCAGAAUGGCCAGGGAAGCCCUGGUCGCCAGAGAGGCCAGCGUGGAAAAGGUGGCCACGGCAGUAAGGGUGGCCAUGGUGGCCAGGGUGGCCAGGGUGGCCCUGGUGGCCAGAGAGGCCAGCAUGGAAAAGGUGGCCACGGCAGUAAGGGUGGCCAUGGUGGCCAGAGAGGACCGCAUGGAAGAGGUGGCCAAGGUGGUCAGUAUGGUGACCAGAGACAAGGAAGACCAACUAAAGAUGUUCUCCAGUGAUCCCUUAGGUAUUAAUUGUACUUUUUUUCACUAACCUAGUGUAUUUUUUUAAAUUCUUAAUUCUCUCUUUUGCUUCUGUUCAUUUCUUGUUUUUAAAUCUUGACUUUAAUCCCUCAUAACUUCUUUGUCCAGAUUUGUCCUUGUCACAAAUCUCUUGUCUCACCCUUACACAUAG